AUGAGCCAAUGGGAGUCCCUGUUGAACUUAAGUGGACCCUUCAAGGACAACCUCAUAGGACUCUACAGUGACCAGAUUCUACCGGUGGAGGUGCGGAUGUAUUUGGCGCCAUGGAUUGAAUCCCAACACUGGAAGCUGGCAGCAAAAGAUCCUUCAUUGGCAAGUGUCCACUUCCAGAAUCUCUUGGAACAUCUGGACUUGCAGUAUAAUCAUUUUACCCAGAGACAGGACUUACUGCAAAUGCACAAAUUGCGCAAAUUCAAGUAUGAUAUACAGCACCUAUACCAGGAAAAUCCACAGCAACUUGCUGAACAGAUCCGUAAUAUUCUGCAGCUGGAGAAACAAAUUCUCUUAGAAGCCCAAGAAAUGGAGACUCCAAAAGGGCAAGAGGUGCAAGUACCAAUGAAGACAGGACAGCAGUAUGAAAUUGAUCAGCGAGUUAAUAAAGUAAAAGAACUAAUCCAGUCUGUAGAUCAGGAAGUAAAAUUUCUAGAAGAGCAGCAAGAAAUUUUUAACUUCAGGUGGAAAAAUUUUCAGAGAGAAUGUUGUACAAAACUCCCACCGGAAUAUAUUAAGGUAAAGACGCAGGAGCUGCAAGUUCAACUGAAUGAGCUGGACCUAAAACGCAAGGAGGUCUUGAGCCAGAUAAAGGAGCUUCUCGGGCUUUGUGAGACUCUUCAUGGUUUUCUACAGAAAGAAUUAGGUGACUGGCUUCAGAGGAAAAAGUUAGAAAGCAUUGGAGCAAGCACAGAUACUUGCCUGAAAAACCUGGAAGGCUGGAUCACAAAGACAGUCGAAGUAUUUUUCCAUCUGAGGCGUCUUCUACAUAUUCUAAGUGAGCUUGCAGACCUGCUAACUUAUGAUAGCGACCUUCUGAAGACUGAGCCGCAAACCUUGCAGUGUAGGCUACAUGAAAUGUUGUGCAGUUUGCUACAGAUAUCUUUUGUGGUGGAUAAACAGCCAAUUAUGACGUACCCUUGCAAGCGAGCAUUGGUGUUGAAGACCUGCACACAGUUCUCGAUCACAGCCAGGCUCCUUGUGAAUCUUCCUGAACUCCAGCACAGCGUGAAGGUUUUAUGCACUAUUGAUAAGAAUCCACCUGAUAUCAAAGGAUUUCGUAAAUUUAAUUUGCUUGGAACAGUAGACAAGUCUUUAGAAAAUGUUCAACAAGGAGCACUGACGGUGGAGUACAAACAUUUGACACUGAGGGAACAAAAGGCUGGAGUUGGAGGAAAAGUUAGUAAAGGAGCAAGUAAUGGAUCAGUCAGUGUGAUUGAGGAGCUACACAACAUUACAUGUACAACAAAGUUCAAAUACGAAGGGGUCGAAUUGACUUUAGAGGCUGUUACCUUACCAUUUGUUGUGAUCUCCAACAUCAUUCAGUUCACAGGAGCCUGGGCCUCAGUGCUUUGGUUUAAUUUGCUGAGCCCAGAUCCAAAGGAUUUGAAGUUUUUCUCCAACCCCCCAGAUGCCCCUUGGUCUCUCCUAGCUGAUGCCCUGAGUUGGCAGUUGUCAUGCUGUACUGAGCGGGGUUUGAAUCAAGACCAGCGACAAAUGUUGGAAAAGAAACUAUGUGGUGCAGUAGCUAAAGAAGGGAAUGCUGUGACUUGGGCCAAGUUCUCAAAAGAAUCCAUGCCCAGAGUUUCGUUUACCUUCUGGGUAUGGUUUGAUGCCAUUGUGGCACUUGUCAAAGGGCAUCUAGAGAACAUCUGGAACGAUGGCCAUGUAAUGGGAUUUGUGAGCCGCAGUGUGGAGGACUCUCUUUUGAAGAGAAAACAACAAGGCACUUUCCUGCUCCGCUUUAGUGAGAGCAUUCAUGAUGGUGGCAUCACAUGUUCCUGGGUGGACCACCAGUAUGAUGGAAGCUACUCUAUCCGCUCUGUGCAGCCAUAUACAAAGAAGGAGCUAUCACACAUCCCCCUCACUGAGAUUAUUCGCAACUACCAACUUUUAGCAGAGGAAAAUAUCCCAGAGAACCCACUGAAAUAUCUAUAUCCCAAAAUCCCCAAGGAUGACGCUUUUGGGAAAUACUAUGAAGAGAGAAGUGAGGUAACACUGGAAUAUCAGAAGUACAUGAAGCGAAGGCUGAUCAUUGUUUCUGAACGGAACAUAGACGAUUCACAGAGCAGUAUUGCUUCUGAAACCCCACGACACUUUGCUGAAACACCACAAUAUGACCCUGAUACACCACAAUAUGACCCUGAUACACCCUUGAUACCUGAGGAGUUUGAAGGUCUGGAAAAUGGUUUGGAGGACAUGGACCUGAAUCGGUUCAUUAAUAGUAAUUUUGAUUCACAGAACAAUAUUGCUGCUGGCAUGGCACAGUACGUCUCUGAACCAUUACAUAAUUAUUCAUCUGAGGCACCCCAGUGUUCCAUGAUGGAAGAUAUCCUUAUAGAUCAAAACUGUGACCCUAUGGUUUCAGGACUGCAAACGGAAUCUAGCGAGUUGUCCCAGGAAUCCUUUAUUGCUUUCUAG